AUGGCUGAGUUGCCAACACCUGACAUUGUUUGCUAUGCCAAGAAACUCCACAGUCUUCUAAUUGCCCAUGAUAGAGCUGCCAAGCAGGUUCACUUCUUAGAUGACCAAUUGAUCCGCCUUGACCGCCAGGUCUUUCUAUCUACAAUAGACGAUGCCCACAGCCUAGUCCUCCACCUACUGACCCGUAAGUCCAUCAUCCAGGGUGUUCGCAAGAUGUUUGACCAGUACAGAUCUACCAAGCAAUACCAGGUCCAGGAGUUAUCUGCCCUUAUCCUCUCAUCCCUGGGAGGAGAGAUGGACUUGGAGAUGCCAGUCACAGCAGGAAUGAGUGUGGAAACGGAUGAACUAGCAAGGAUGUCUACAACCAACUACAGUGUUCUCUGGAGGGGUGUUUAA